AUGGUUUUUUCUUAUGAGCACUAUAUGAAUCUCCUUUUCCAUUUGGAUAACAGUAAAGAAACGGUGCCUCCAGAGAUUGCAAAAAGAAUAAUUUCAAAUGCUAUAGCUCCUGUAAUAACAGUUACUUCAACUCCUCUCUUCGACAAACAUAUUCAAGAAACGUACAAAGUAGAUUCUCUCUAUAUGCUGCUGCGAUUCUUUGGCGGUUGUGUCUCUGAUAGAGAUCAAGCCAAUGAAGCGAAGGUUGGACAGCAUGAGCAUGAGGUUUGUGAUGCAAGUGACUCGACGGAUUCAAUUCCCAAAAAUAAAAAUUUGGAAGUGCCCAAUUUAUCAAAGAAAGGUAGUCGCAGUAGGUCGAAUAGUCUUUUCCAGAGGGAUUCAACGCAAUCUCAAUAUAUCAGGUUUACAAGGCCAUUAGGUGACUUGAUCGAAACAAGAGAUGCAAAUGAUAUGUUAUUCAAUUACCAUUCUUUAGAGGUAUUCUUAGAUAAUUAUUUGAAAUUGGUUGCAGCAAAUACUGAUGAAAUGGUUCCUCAUAAUCUUCUUAAGAAAUCCAUUUAUCAUAGUUUCUUUUCACUAGCAAUUUCAUCCACAAAUAACUUAUCGCCCUAUGAAACUUUUAAUCACCCUAUUCUUUCCUUGAUUGCUUUAGAUAUAUCAAAUGGCGAAGUUUAUGAGGAUGCAAGAGAUCUUUUAGUCAAUUUCAAGAAUCUUAAUCAUAAUACUGAAAACUUUCCUAUCUUCAUGAAUACAAAUGAAAUGCUUCCAGUUUUCUUACUCUGCUACAAUGACGAUUCCCAAGAAGAAUUCGAAAAAUGCCAGGCGUUAGCUAAGAAACUAAAGAAGCAGUUGUUUGUUGAGAGUAUCUUACUAGCACUCUGGAAGGAUUCUUUUAUUUACGACGAAAAUUCAGUCAUACAGUUACACCAACCAGUAAUGUCAUCGCUUGAAGAAAUUCUCUUCUUCCUUCAAGCUCCAACUCAAACAACACUCUCUCUGGCUUUGAUAAACUCGAUCUAUGAUAUGCUUGAUUAUUUGGUUUAUGAUUUAAUGAUACCAUUCAUGAAAAGAAAAGUGUCAUUCUGGGAAGAGACAAUUUUACAGCCAAGAAAGUCGCUAUUUAAUGGUGCAAAGUUUUUCAAAAAAUUUAUGAAUAAAAAUCCUGUCAAUGGUAAUCACCAACAUAAUUCUCUAACGAGAGACAGCCAGGGAAAUGAAUACUUCGCAUCGUCAUCUUCUGAGUUUUUGAUGAGAAAGUUAGCAGAUUGGUCUAUGAUGCUAUCCGACUUCAAAACUGCUUAUUCCACAUACGAAUCGCUUAUGGAUGACCUAGAUGCAUUUCCAAAGUACCUGGCAUCAUGCAUCGAAUGGUGCGCGGUAUCACUAUUGAUGGGUGCGCAGAGCAUAGUCACCGUGAAAAUGAUCAAAAACGAUAUAAAUCCUCUUAUCGAAAGGGCAUUAGCCACAUACGAAAACUGCUCACGAAUACAACGUGGUAAAGGCAAAGAAUCAAACUCUUUGGAUGUUACAGAGCCAGUGCGUUCGUAUGAGACACGUUGUAUGAUUUUGGCAUCUGAAUUGUUUUUAUCUUUAAGCAAUACGUGGACAUCUACCCCAUACGCUAUCCAAUAUUUAGAAACAAUUCUAGACGAGUGCAAGUUGGGACCUUGUUCACAGAUAAUGGUUUGGGAAAGGCUUAGUGACUGCUAUAAUUUGAGAGUUGACCCUAGAAUCAAACAUAGAGUUGGAGCAAUGAAGAAGGACGCUAAAGACACCGAAGAUCUCCGAGGUGAGCAUAAGUAUAGCACAGAUCAUUUCACAGACGAGGACAUAUUAUCGGAAGGGUUAACAAGAAGACGCAAGGCAGCUUUUUUUAGGUUAAUAGCAGCUAAGAAGUGGGCAGAGCAAAAACAAUGGAGACAGGUUUCUUGGUGCUUAAAAGAUAUUGAAAGUACCUAUUCAGAGAUCAAAUUUUUGCAUGGUAACGGUUUAAUUUUAAGCAAACUAAAAAAUCAACUCAAUUUAAAGGACGUGGAUUCUGCACCACGGCCCUCCGAAAAGAAUCUUACAAGAACAAGUGUUAGCUUUAUUGGAUGA